AUGGGCUGGGCGUACGAUGCGAACAAGACUCUCGUGAUGCGGAAAGGUUCAGAUUCGCAAGCCCUGGCGCGCCGAUUGCAUGCUGCUCACCCCACAGCGUUGAAUGUGAUGCUCCGAAUCGUGGUGGAGGGGGACAUGGUGUCAUUUGUGGCCAUCCAGAGUAUGCUUCACUGGAGCUAUUGCCAAGACGCUUGCAAGACCAUGGUUGCUAUGGGCGUCAUCGAGACGUUGUUGUCCAUGCUGCCCAUGGCGGCGCCUUGCUUCAAGUUCUGUUCUGUCGAUCUUUUAGUUCGCCUCGUGGAGCACGAUCGAUCCGCGCUUCCCCGCCUCCUUCGACCACGACUUGUGCGGGCAUUGCUUCAGCUACUCCAAGACAAAAGCAAUAGCAAAAGAACACUCCAUGGACUGCUGCAUGUUCUGGAGGUCGUGAUAACCCACCCCAAGGCCAACGUCCUGUUGAAAACUAGGUGGUGGCUCAGAAUUUGCCGACGUCUGACGCACCCACCAUAG